UCCUACAUGACCAACUCCCCAACGCUGAUCGUGAUGAUUGGCCUGCCUGCACGUGGCAAGACCUACGUGUCCAAGAAGCUCACCCGCUACCUCAACUGGAUUGGGGUGCCCACCAAAGUGUUUAAUUUAGGAGUGUAUCGCCGAGAAGCAGUGAAGUCCUACAAGUCCUAUGACUUCUUCAGGCAUGAUAACAAAGAAGCCAUGGAAAUCCGCAAACGAUGUGCCCUGGUGGCUCUACAGGACGUGAAGGCAUAUCUCUUGGAGGAGUGUGGGCAAAUAGCUGUGUUUGAUGCGACCAACACAACUCGAGAAAGACGGGACCUGAUACUAAGUUUUGCUAAAGAAAAUGCUUUCAAGGUAUUUUUUGUGGAGUCCGUCUGUGACGAUCCAGAAGUCAUUGCUGCCAAUAUCCUGGAGGUGAAAGUUUCCAGCCCUGACUACCCAGAGAGAAACAGGGAGAAUGUGAUGGAUGAUUUCCUGAAGAGGAUAGAGUGCUACAAGGUCACUUACCAGCCUCUCGAUCCCGAUGCCUAUGACAAAGAUCUUUCCUUCAUUAAAGUGAUCAAUGUGGGACAGCGGUUCCUAGUAAACAGAGUCCAAGAUUACAUCCAGAGUAAAAUCGUCUAUUACCUAAUGAACAUUCAUGUCCAGCCGCGUACCAUCUACCUUUGCCGACAUGGUGAGAGUGAAUAUAAUCUUGUUGGCAAGAUUGGUGGGGAUUCUGGUCUGUCACCACGUGGGAAGCAGUUUGCUCAGGCGCUGAAGAAGUUCAUUGAAGAGCAGGAAAUUGUUGACCUGAAGGUAUGGACGAGCCAGCUGAAAAGGACAAUCCAGACGGCCGAGUCCCUGGGGGUCAUGUACGAGCAGUGGAAGAUUCUCAACGAGAUCGAUGCUGGGGUAUGUGAAGAAAUGACCUAUGGAGAAAUUGAAGUCAAGUAUCCAGAUGAGUUUGCAUUGAGGGAUCAAGAGAAAUACCUUUAUCGCUAUCCUGGAGGCGAGUCCUACCAGGACUUGGUCCAGCGCCUGGAGCCAGUAAUUAUGGAGCUGGAAAGACAAGGCAACGUCCUCGUCAUCUCCCACCAGGCAGUUAUGAGGUGCCUGUUGGCUUAUUUUCUUGACAAGAGUGCAGAUGAGCUGCCCUACCUGCGCUGCCCUCUUCAUACCAUUCUGAAGCUCACACCUGUGGCAUAUGGUUGUAAAGUGGAGACAAUCACCCUGAAUGUGGAAGCAGUGAACACCCACCGUGACAAACCCUCUCUGAACUCAAACCACUUUCCUGCCAGCCAAAGCCCUGUAAGGAUGAGAAGGAACAGCUUUACGCCGCGGGCCAGCGCGGACACAGUAAAGCGCCCGCGACAUUACAGCGUUGGGAGCAAACCUCUCGACCUCGUGGGGCCUUUCCCAUCCUUGGAAGCUCGAGAUGGGGCUGACCAGCAGCAGCUGCAAGUCGGGGUCCAGCCUCAAGGGGGAAUUGCUUGCCUGGAGCCUUCAGCCAGCGUCACCCAUGAACCCUUGGCUUCCCCUUCAGCCUCUGAGUAA